UGAAGACGAUGAUGAAGACGAUGACGAGAUGGAUCUGGACAAUGAUGAAGUCAAACAGCCAAAGAAAUACAGCUCCGAAGCAUUUUCUGAUGCCAUGACUAAGAUCCUGGCUAGUUCAUUGAGUGGCUCUGAUAAGAAGCAACCCAUUUUGGCGAGGUCAAAGGGUGUAGAGCGUAAAAUUGAAGAUGAAAAAUUAGAUCAUAAGGCACGCAAGAUUCUUUCUGCCCAGAAAAAAGCACUUAAAGAAAAGGGUCGUGUUAUUCCCGAUUUCUCAUCAUUUGAAUACGAAAAGAGAUUAAGAAAAGUAGCUACAAGAGGUGUGGUCAAAUUGUUCAAUGCUAUUCGUACGCAACAAAAGGUGACUGAAGUAGCCGUUCAAAAUGCUGCUGGAACUCGUAAGACUCUUGCAGCAAUAGAAAAGGCUAAAAAUGUCUCUACUAUGUCAAAAACCAGUUUUUUGGAUCUCUUAAAGACAGGACAAAAAUAAUUAUUUACCCGCUUUCCUACUCAACACUUUUCUUUUCUCUCGUUACAUGUAUACACAACAUCACAUACAUAUUUUUUUCUCAUUUCAUACUAAAACAAUUGUACCAUAUAGAUUUUUUUUGUUUUGUUUGUGUAUUCAAUCAACAACUUGUAUGUCCUUUUCUUUAUUUGUUUUUUUCUUUCUCUAAAAAAGUAAACAAUGAACCUUUCUCAUAAUCAAUACACGCAUUUAG